AUGGCGCCCUCACACUCGUUUUUAUACGUUUUGUCACUCGUUUUGACUUAUCUAACUCCAUUCGUUCUUGGCGCUCCCUGGAUCGUGACCGACUAUUACCAGGCUGUUCCAGAGGAGGCGUAUGGCGAUUACGACACUUCCAAGCAUCGAUGGUCGAUCAUUACCACCACUACUUAUCAGGAGAUCAUCCCGACCGCAACUUCGUUACCGGACGCUAUCCAGACCAAUGUCGUCGUCAAUUCAGAUUACUAUGCCGACGAGGUAACCAUCGUUGAAAAGCUCUAUCCGUCUGGCGGAGUGGGUAAACCAGUGCCCUACAGCGCGGUGUACAAUUACGUGGACAGCGCAUGGACGUCUAUCAUCUGGGUCGUCAACUUGACCUAUUCUGCACCAACUGCCUGCUCUACGCAAUGGACAACGACCACCGCUGCUACAGUCACGCCCCCGUCAGACUACACUUUCGAUCGACUCCUCCCCAGCACCGCUGUCUCGACCUCGUAUAGCGUGUACAAUGCCGAGGGCUUCAGGUCAUCAACCUACGUGUACAAGUACAUCUAUGUUGAGCCAACACAAGUGCCCACUAGAUCGUUGAGCUCGCUGAGUGACCGUUACGUCCCGUCGACAUUGUACGAUUACAGCGACAAGAAGUGUCGCUAUCAAAAUAGCGAUUCCACGUACUACAACUACCCUGACAGCUACUACAACGACGACUACUACGGCGGACUUGCCAUCUCUCCACUCGCCAUCCUCCUCAUCUGUGUGCUGGGCUGGAUCGGACUAUGGUUCUUGCUAGGCAUUUUGGAAGCCUGGAUCCGGUUCCGCCGUCUCAUGACCGGCUGGCAGACACGGCGCGGAAUGCCAGUCUGCUGGGCCUUGACAAUCAUGCCACUCACGCUGUUCUGCCUGUGCUGUCUGCGCAAGGGCUAUCGCUCGCGUAACGCCCACGACGCUGCCGUACUGCAAAGCCGCUGGAAGAAAUUGACCGCGUGGAACAAGUUCACUCUUUUCUUAAAAUGGGGUUUCCGGUACUCAUACCCGACUAUCCUGGGCCCUGCCCCUGAGCGUGUGAGCAAGAAGCCAGGCAACAACCGUGGUCAACCCACGGGUCCGCCUCUGCCCUUCGCCAAUCCACCACAUAAUGGGGUGUAUCCACCAGGCGCCCCGGGCCCGCAAAUGAGGCAGGCAAAUCCGCAACGCCUGGGACAGGCACCGACCCUGCAGCCGAUUCCCGAGGCUUCGGGCGCUCUGCAGCGUGAGGUCGAGCAAGCCCAUGAGCAGCAACAGGCUCAAACCGAGACUCCGGCCCAGACUCAGACUGAGACUCCAAGCGAGCCUCAUACCGAGACUGUGACCGAGACCCAGGCCCAGCCUCAGAAUGACACUCCUGCCGAGGCCCAACCUCACCAUCAAAAGCCAGCCCAAGAUGGCGAGAUUGGACGCGCUCAAUAA